AUGUCCAAACAAAAUAUCUUUAAAAAAAAUGAUCUAUAUAUUUACGACUUAUCUCCUUUGAUUAUAAACUCUUUAAAGUUGGUAAAUUUUGAUUCAAAUUUAAAUGAAGUUGAGCUACCUGAUGCACAAAAUGAAGCUAAUGAACCUGAACAAUUAUCUCAAGAAACAAAACUUAAAGAAAUAUCCAAUAGUUUAACUUGUAACACAUGUGAUUUGGAGUUUAAUGAUCAAAAGAUUAAAAGAGAACAUUAUAGAACAGAUUUCCAUAUUUUUAAUGUUAAGAGAAAAGUUAAUGGUUUGGAUCCACUUAGUGAAAUAAAUUACAGCAAUCUAACUGAUCUGAAUGAUGAUUUUAAAAAGGAUGAAGCAAUGGAUACUAUUGACGAAGUUGGCAAAACUACAGAUGAGAAUAGUUCUAGUGAAGAAGAACCAAUUGGAUCAGAUACGGAUAUGUAUGCCGAAACACUAUCUACUCUAGAUAUUAAUAUAAAAAAUGAAACUCAAAAGUUAGAAGAUGAGAUAUUAGAGCAAGCUGUAACUGUUAGUCAUUUAAAUACCAGGUCGGCACAAAUAUAUUUCAAUUCAGACAUAUUGACAGGGGCUAGAGAGGCGUUUGGUGCCUAUAAGACAUUGUUUAAUGAAAAAGAAUUAGAAAUCCCAUUAGACACUGUAAAGGCUUGGAAUGAUGGAGAUAGCCAAUCUACAGCUAUUUCAGCUUUAUUCAUGGUUUCUGGAGGUCAUUUUGCCGGGGCCAUAGUAUCUCAUCAAAAAUUGAAUGUUAAACGUAACUCAAAAAAUACAGAGGAAACCAUACAGGAACAAGCAGUGUCCUUCCUUGAGAAGAAAACAUUCCAUAGAUAUACAACAAGAAGAAAACAAGGUGGUUCCCAAUCCGCUAAUGAUAACGCGAAAGGUAAAGCUAACUCUGCAGGUUCUACUCUCCGUAGAUAUAAUGAAUUUGCGUUAAGAGAGGAUAUCCAAAAUUUGUUAAAGGAAUGGAAUCCAUAUUUACAAAAAUGUCAAAAUAUAUUCAUUCGUGCAAACAGUGUAUUUGACAAAAAGACUUUCAUGGACAGUGACUAUAUUUCUAAAGAAGAUGAUAGAAUAAAAACGUUCCCAUUUCCAACUAAUAAACCAGCUCUUCAUGAAUUAAAAAAGGCAUGGUGUGAAUUAGUUUAUCUGAAAGUAUCUGAAAAACCAAAACCAUCGGAAACGAAGAUAAAACUAACUGAUAAUUCAUCAGCACUUAAAAACAAUGAUAACAACUCCCAAAAAACUGAAAUUAAGUUAGAGGAGCAACAAACUAAAGAAGCCUUAUCUUUGCUAAAAAAAGGAAGAGCUCCACUUUUAAUAGCAUUUUUAAGAAAAAAUAAAUUGAAUGCUAAUUUCAUCUUAGAACCAAAGAACAGAUACGAAAAUACGCCAACUUUGUUGCAUUUUGCUUCUCAGCAAGGUUUUAAACAAAUGGUAGGGAUACUGUCAACUACAUUGAAGGCAGACUUAUCAAUUAAAAAUAAAUUUGGUAAAACGCCUUAUGAGCUUGCAAAAAACAAUUCGAUUAAACAAGCAUUUCAAAUAGCUAGAUUCAACUUAGGUGAGUCUUAUACUUCCUGGCAGGAUACAAAAAUUGGUGGUGCAUUGAGUAGAGAGCAAGUUGAUGAAAUGAAUAAGGAGGAAGAAACAAUUAAAAAUGAAGAACUGAGGAAUGCAAUUGAGGAGGAAUUACAAAAACAAAAGGAGAAGAGAGACAAGGAAUUAGAAGAAAAAAGAGGUGUUGGGUGUACACUAGGAAAUAAUGAAGUAGAUUUUUCUGUAAAGCAAAAUUUGAAUUUAAACUCUCUUAACGAAGAUCAGAGAAAGAGACUUAUGCGAGAACAACGUGCCCGCGCAGCUGAAGCUAGGAUAAAGGCAAUGCAAAACAAAUAA